AUGACGUCACCAUUAGAUACACUAACUGCAAACGAUGUUAGGCAAUUACUCAAUGAUAAAUAUGUUCUCAUUCUCGGUGACUCUGUUGUCAGAGGUUUAUAUAAAGAUUUAGUUAAAUUUUCACAUGUAGACGAUUUUCUCAGCGACGAAGAACUUCGAGUCAAAGGUGAAAAACGUUUUUUUGGCGAUCGAUUAAUUAAUGGUGGCGUUCAAAAAGGUCUCACAAAUGGAAUUGAUUACGAAGAAGUUCGUGAACAUACCUCUGGUGGUCAUCGUCGUACUCGAUAUUAUUUCUUAACAAGAUGCUAUUCAUCAUAUAUGAAAAAUGUGAUAUUUAACGAUAUUAAAAACCAAACAAUUAAACCAGAUAUCAUUAUAAUGAAUAGUUGUUUAUGGGAUAUAUCUAGAUAUGGCGUUUAUUCGAUGAGAUCAUAUAAAAGAAAUGUUGAUAGUAUUAUGGGUUCAUUUCGACAAAUGUUACCGGAUGCAUUGUUUCUGUGGCUUUCAGCAUUGCCUGUUUCAAAUUCAUCGAAAGGAGGUGUUAUUGUGCCAAGUGCUGAAUAUGUACGACCAAUAAUACCAGGUCUUAUCCGAGAUGGAAAUUAUUACUGUUCUCAAAUAUGUAAUAUUCAUAGUGUUCUUUACGUUGAUAUUCAUAAAAUUUUGUCAAAUAUGUUACAUCUUCGUCAAGCGGAUGGCAUACAUUGGAGUGCAAUUGGAAAUCGAAUAAUCAAUGAAAUAAUAUUAAAUCAUAUAAAAGCGUAUUACGAUGGUGUUGAAAAUUUUAAAUGUCUUCGUCUACGUGCAGAGUUAGGAAAUAAAAUAAAAGUCUAUAAACAACAUAUGAAAAAUCAUAGUCCUCAUUCGAAAAUUAAUUAUCUUGAUCAAAAUAUAUUUGAUGAUGAUGAUAAUGGAAUCGAUAAAAUAGAAAAAUCUUUAAAAGUAACCAAUAGCAAUCAUUCAACGACAUUAAAACGUAAACGAACCGACGAAGAUUAUGAUGGUGAAGAAACUAAUCAACAACGUCGUAAAAUUGUUGUAAAAUCAACAACAGUUAAAACUGAAGAAAAAGUUAUUGCCGCAGAAAAAUCGAUUUAUAAAGUAGAAAUAAAACAAGAAAAAAUACUCGACAAUCAAAAAUCUUUAUUAUUUAAUCAUGAAUAUUGUGAUACGAUGUAUGAUAAUGAAUUCGAAGGUCUUCAUAUGCCACAUUUUUCUUCAUGUGAUCCUGAACCAUCCGAAGAUCUUCAAUUAUUAAAUCAAAUAAUUCAAAUGCAACAUCAACAAACAACUGUUAAUAGCCUUACAAUUGGUAUUAAACCUUUUGAAAAUACUUUUACACCAGUGCCGUUCGUCAUAUCAAAUGAUGCAAAAGCAAUGAAUCAGGAACCUGAAUAUAUUAUUGUUUCACCAGAUGAUGAAGAUCAAUCAAGAAUGGGUGUUGUUCCCUGUUUAUCCACAACUACUAUUUUACCUAUUUAUCUAUUGAAUCAUCUUUAG